UCCCCCCCCAGACCCAUGGCGGAGCCGGCGCCCCCCGCGGCGGAGCUGGCCUGCGGCGCCGCCUGCCCCCCCCUGCCGCGGCGCCCGGGCGACGUCUACGUCAACAUGCAGACGGAUUUCAAGGCGCAGCUGAGCCGGUGUCAGAAGCUGCUGGGCCCCGGCGGCGGCUGCGCCGAGAUCUGCAUCCACGGGCUGGGCCUGGCCAUCAACCGGGCCAUCAACAUCGCCCUGCAGCUCCAGGCGGGCGGCGCCGGCGCCCUGCGGCUGGCCGCCAACACCUCCACCGUGCCGCUGGCCGACGGGCUGGAGCCCCAGGGCGACGAGGACGGGCGCCCGCCCCUCGCCCGGGCCCGCAACAACUCUGCCAUCCACAUCCGGGUGUGCCGGGCUGCGCCCCCGCCCUGAGGGAGGGCCCCCCCCCGGCGCGGAGCCUGGCCCCGGACACCCCUGUCCCGGCACGGAGCCGGUCCCCGAGCACGGAGCCAGUCCCUGGACCUUAGCCCCCUGGCACAGAGCCUGCUUUGGCACCCCAGGACAGAGCCGUGGCACGUAGACCCCCCCGGAGCCUGCCCCCACUGGAAGGGAGCCGACCCCCCGAUCCCCUCCACUGGCACAGAGCCACCCCCAAGCACACCUGUCUGGCUAUGUUUAUAUGGGGGGGGGGGCUUGACCUUUCUGGACCACUGCCCACCCAUCCGCUCCUCUCCUCCCCACACCCAGCGAAGACUGAACACCUCCCCGAAUUGGACGCUGGAGCCCGAGGGGAUGCAGAUAGGGGGGUGGGAUUCUGACUUUGGGGUGAUGGGGGGCUGGGGAAAGGGACCCCCCCCAUCCUUGCCGGGACCUGGCUCAUGGCCUCCAUCUGUUGGAUUAAACAAUAAAAGUGACCAGUGACUUGGUCAGCAUGGACUUGCCA